AUGACGAUGUUGUUCACGCUUUCAGAUUUGGGGCAGCUCGGGGUGACUCUCAUCGACAGCUUUGUUGAAAAGCUCCGGAGGGUUGAAGUCCAUAGGUUACAAAUGCUGCCUGAAGUUGGAGUUGUACUCAGAGACCUGGAGACUUGUGUGAUCCAGAUUCGGCACAUCAUCAGCGCUGCAGAGAAUUCUUUCACGAUUGCGACUGACGAACUGAUGAAACUUGAAUUGGAGGGAUUGCUAAUGCAUCUUAAGGACACGGUUUAUGAUGGUGAGGAUUUAGUGGAAAAGAUCGAGCACGAUGUUCUGCAUCAUGGAGUGGAUCAGCAUCAAUACGAGGCACUUCACACUGUGGUUGAAAUUGAGGAUAGCCAUGUUUAUAAAUUAAGGAAAAUUUAUCUAAGCAUAUACAAAAUUGCAACUGCACUUGUAAAGAUCAUCCAAGUUGUGAAUUCAGUAGAUGCAGAUGACAGACAGAACAUACAUACUGCAGACUCCAUAAGCAGUAACGCAACUUCCUUCUUGGUCAAUGGUAAAGUGUAUGGACGAGACAAAGAGUUCAAUACACUCAGACAACUGUUGUUGAAACCUUCUCUUGGUUCGGGAUUCAGCAAUGGCAGCCUGUCUUUCAUAAGAAUUUUGGGGGAUGAAGGCGUCGGAAAGACAACUCUGGCUCAGCGACUAUACAGCGAUACGAGCAUAACUGAAUAUUUUCAGUUGAAGAUCUGGGUCUAUCCAUCAGAAAACUUCAACGGGAAAAGAAUCACCAAAGAGAUAUUGCAGUCUGCAAAUAUCGACACUCCUGAUUGUAUGAAUUUGGAUAUGCUUCAAGUUAUGGUUAAGAAGAAGAUAGCAUCAAAAAGAUUUUUGAUUGUCCUCGAUGACCUAUGGAAUAAGGACCGACACGGAUGGGACAUGCUUUGUGCAUCACUAAGCUCCGGAGUGCCUGGCAGCAAGGUGCUCCUGACAACUCGCUUUCCAAGGCUCCCAACUGUGGCUUCCAAUGAAUGUGCAUUCCACCUAAAUAGAAUGGACGAAGAAGAGUUCUGGAAAAUUUUCAAAUUAUGUGCCUUUGGCUUUCAAAGCUCUCAAGAAAAACCACCACUAACUGACAUUGCAAAGAAGAUGGUUAGCAGACUCAAUGGAUUGCCACUUGCAGCAAGAAUGGUUGGAGGUUUGUUGAACACCAAUAUGGAUGUAAACCACUGA